CGGAUCGGACAUCGCUAGCAGACACGGUGUAAGCACAAGAUAGGGGGGUGGAUUUCAGGAGCGUUAUCACACCACAGGAAUGAAGCAAAUCAAACGGAUGCUUAACAUACAGUUAUUUUGCAUAACUUUGUGUCUUAUUAUCUAAACCCGCGUUUUUUUGUUUCUCACUGACUGGAUAGGGAAAGUUUCAUAUCUGAGGAGGAAUACCUGCCAACUGACGGAACGCAUCAUCCGCAAACCGUCACACCUUCGCCUCAGUAUUUGAGUGCGUUGAGGAGAUCGGACCUGCUUUCGGACUGCAUUUUCUUGUUUUGUUUCUUUUUGGGGUGAGGGACAAGUCCCUUGAAGUACGUAUAUUUUUCAUUUACAAAAUGAGUGUGGAUCUCUAACGUUAGUUCUGUGCCCCGGUUUUCAGUAGGUUUGUGCGGAUGAUUUUGUGAAGUAGUUUUAGUUCCCCUAGACUGUUGUGUUGUUUCAUUUUUCCUCUUUCUUGGAUGCUGGAAUUUAAGACUGACAGUCCCGUUCUCUCCUCAUGCCCAUGAAAACAACUCUCGGAUGGUAAGGAUUCCAGAGAAUGGUAAAUGAUCGAUGGAAAAUCAUGAACAGUGUUUCAGAACUCGAGGAUGGUCAGCAGCAUAAAUCGCAGAGGAUGAGCUGUAGCUAUCUCCUAUGCACCAUCCUGCUCUUUGUUGCUGUGUUACUGGCUGUCACGGUAACCGGGAUCAUCCUUCUGAUGAACCAUUACCAAGCGCCCAGCGGCCCCGACGGCCCCCCUCUCAUCAGCACUAACCAGGAUGAGGCUAAUGCCCUGGUAACCAUCGAGAGAGGCGACGGCUCCCGCAUCAACAUCUUCAUUGACCCCAACUGCCCCGACUACAACAAUAACUUCCUGCGUCUGGAGGGCGUGCAAACCUCACUGCUGCACUCUCUCACCGACCAUGACACUGAUCUGAAGUCAGUGAAAGGGCAGGACCGGGCUCUGCUCGUUAAACUGGCUGAGGAAGUGGCCAAACUGUCCGCCCAUGCCAGUCAGCUGAAGAUGGAGUACAACGCUCUGAGACAAGGCCAGGGCAACAUUGGACAGGAACUCAGCACUCUGCAGACCGAACAGGGCAGGCUUAUCCAGCUGCUGUCAGAGAGUCAGAUCAACAUGGUGAAAGUGGUGAACUCUGUGAGCGACGCGCUCAGCUCCAUGCAGAAGGAAACCGGAAACAUCAAGAGCCGUCUCAAGGCAGAUCUGCAGAGGGCUCCGGUGCGCAGCGUCCGGCCCAAGGGCUGCGCCGCUGGAGAGGGUUCCAGACCCAGGGACUGCAGUGACAUCUAUGCCAGCGGGCAAAGAGAGGAUGGUAUCUACUCCGUGUUCCCCACACAUUACCCAGCAGGCUUCCAGGUCUUCUGUGACAUGACUACUGAUGGAGGCGGAUGGACGGUGAUUCAACGCAGAGAAGAUGGCUCUGUUAACUUUUUCCGUGACUGGGAAGCCUAUCGUGAAGGAUUUGGCAAGAUAACAGGAGAGCAUUGGCUUGGCAUGAAACGAAUCCAUGCACUUACCAUUCAAGCCAACUACGAGCUGAGGAUUGACCUGGAGGACUUCGAGAACAGUACCUCCUUUGCGCAGUACGGCUCUUUUGGAGUGGGUUUGUUCUCUGUUGACCCAGACGAGGAUGGCUACCCACUGAGCAUCGCUGACUACUCCGGCACUGCAGGCGACUCGCUACUCAAACACAACGGGAUGAAAUUCACCACUAAGGACAAGGACAACGACCACUCUGAGAAUAACUGCGCGUCCUUCUACCACGGCGCCUGGUGGUACCGCAACUGCCACACCUCCAACCUCAACGGACAGUACCUGCGCGGCCAGCACACCUCGUACGCCGACGGCAUCGAGUGGUCGUCCUGGACGGGUUGGCAGUACUCGCUGAAAUUCACAGAGAUGAAGAUCAGGCCGACCAAGGAGGAGAAUAAAUGAGCGAGAACUAGAAAACUUGAUUAGAAGAACUCAAAGAUGGCUGUAGGUGUUAGAGACACUCGGUGCAGAAAUGCAAGAACUUUCCGAAUACGACUUCUUUCUCAUGUUUCUGUUUCUAUCCGUCUUUCAAUCCCCGUUUUCCCACCAUCUUGUAGUGUUCGUGCUAAUGCCCAGUGGGCUGCUGUUUUUCUCUUGAUCUACUGUUCACAUCUCUGAAUAUUAUUAUGAUGAAUCAUUGCAGGUAUUGUCAAAAAUGUACUAAUGAAAAAAAUCAGUAGUUGUUGUCUAAAAAAAAAAAAAAAAAAAAAAAAAAAAAAAAAAAAACUUCUGUAGCUGUGAAAUUUAGCAAGAAUGUGUAGCUUUUCAUAAAAAAUAAAGACUUUUAACUCUUCUCAAACAUCCGACGGAGAGGCAGCUUGUCCUAUGUUAUUUUCGUUCAGUGCUUAAUCAAUAACUCGUAGUUAAACAUGACAAGGUUGCUAUUGGUGUGUCCAGCCACUGCUGUAAUAUCUGGGAGGUAACUAGGCUUUCCCACAUGUCGAGUAAAUACGUUAUUGACCACCAGGGAUGCUCAAAGAGAAUAUGUGUCACAGAGGUGGCUUUGAGAGUGAUGGGCCAAUACAGGCACAUUUUUCACUCUGACAGGUCAGUCGGUGGAAGGUUUAUCAAUGGAGAAGCUGAACGUCUCUCAGAAAUCACAGUAACCCUUUUGUGUUACUGCCGGUUAGCAGAAUGUUGGAUUUUAUCUCAUGCACAGUAGGUCAGAUUCACCUGAAAUCCCAAUGAGAUGGAUUGACAGAGCUUAAGGCUUAAUCUUGGAGGAGAUCUGAGAAGUGAACUCGGGUUGAACUGCUUUUAUUUUUGUGAACAGACUGACUCUUCUGUUUUUAUAGUCAGAUCACCCUGGAGAUCAUUUCAGUAGCUUAUUCAGUAGCUCAUCGGUUUGCCACUAAUAUAUGAACAUGCAUUCAUUUAAUGUCAUUGGUUUUAGAUCAAUUGUGAAAUUCUUUUGCUAAAAAGGAAUAGUUUACCCUAAAAUGGGUCAAGAUCUAAAUUACAUUUAGGCAUUUUAAAGCACAAAUAUUUUAUUAUAUUGUAGCAAAUAGCAAAUGUUUUAACUUUGCUUUUUUUUGUUUUGGAGGCUCUUAAAAGUGUGAAAUGGAAUUAGCAAAGACUUAAGGGAUUAGUUCACUUCAGAAUUAAAAAUUCCUGAUAAUUUACUCUCCCCCAUGCCAUCCAAGAUGUUUACAUCUUUCUUUCUUCAAUUGAAAAGAAAUUAUGGUUUUCGAGGAAAACAUUCCAGGAUUUUUCUCCAUUUAGUGAACGGGUUGAAGAUCCAAAUUGCAGUUUCAGUGCAGCUUCAAAGGGCUUUACACGAUCCCAGCCGAGGAAUAAGUGUCUUAUCUAGCUAAACAAUCAGAUAUUUACUAAAAAAAUAAAAAUGUAUAUACUUUUUAACCACAAAUGCUCGUCUUGUACAAGCUACGCAUUACGUAAUCAUGUUGGAAAGGUCACGCGUGUUUACAAAGCGAAUAUGCAAAGACUAAGUCAAACGGCCUUUACAAAAAAAGGUAAAACAUCGAUUUUGGAUGAUUUUGAAAUGAGAUGGAGCUUUUCGUCCUAUUGCGGUACUUCCGCCUACGUCACGCAUGACCUUUCCAACGUGAUUACGUAAUGCGUGCUGCAUCGCAGAGCAUUUAUAUAAAAAGUAUAUAAUUUUUUAGAAAAUGACAGAUCGUUUCACUAGAUAAGGCCCUUUUUCCUCGGCUGGGAUCGUGUAGAGCCCUUUGAAGCUGCAUUAAAACUGCGAUUUGGACCUUCAACCCGUUGGUAACUGUUGAAGUCCACUAUAUGGAGAAAAAUCCUGGAAUGUUUUCCUCAAAAACCUUAAUUUUUUUUUGACUGAAGAAUGAAAGACAAAAACAUCUUGGAUGACAUGGGGGUGAGUAAAUUAUCAGGUAAUUUUAAUUCUGAAGUGAACUAAUCCUUUAAUAUAAACAAUACAACAGUUCAAUACAUUUUCAGUGACUCUUUCUGCACGUCAUAUUUUUAUGCCAGUAGGUGGGGACAUUACUUUAUGGGUCUUUACAGGUGAAUUAUUGACUCAUUUACUCGCCUGAGUAAUGAAUCAUAGAAUGUUCAAAUACACUGAUUCAUUCAGGAAUGAAAGAAAUGGCUGUUUUUAUGAGUAAAUCGUUGAAGCAUUUACUCAACCGAUUUGUUCAUAAAUGCUGAUUCAUCCAGGAACAAGUCACUCUUUAUGACUGAACCACUGAAUCAUUAACUCGGCUGAUCUGAUCAAAACUUUCACUUUUCUAUUUAAUAUAUGGCACUGACAAUGAAAAUAUGUUUCCUUUCCAAACAAUCAACUUACAAUGUCCUUUUACUCAUUUACUUGUGUUUUUAUGUGUGUUUGUAUUAGUUUUGAUAACAUGUUUCAACUGCUGUUUUAUUUGUAUACUAAUAUCCUGCGAUGUCCAUGUUUUUAACUAAGAUGACCCAGUGUUUAGAAUGUGAAAAUCGGUUUCAUAACUUUAUUUGUAUCUUCAUAUUUGUUGUGAUUGUACAUUGAUUAUCCUGUCAAAGAUGAACAUUGUCUGCACUUUAAACAACAACAUCAAACUAGUCAUUUCUGUUUCGAAAUGUUAUACAAUCACUUUUAUAUCUAUAUUGGAUGGAAUUCAAAGAAAUAGUUUUAUGAAUCAAAGGAUAACUAAUCCCUCAGAGUAUUUUAAAAAUGCAAAGCAUUUCAAUAUCAACCUGCUUUAUUGUUCAAAUGUUUAUCUAUGUUCAAAUGGCUAACUUUUAUCAUAUAUACUCCAAUGCCAAUCCCUACUGAAAAACCAAUUCAACAAUGUCAAAGAAACUACAACAGCUGUCACAGCCCAACCAAACUGAUGCGUUUUGAUCAAGUUUGUGACACAUUCUCGCUCAAUAAAGAGAACUGCAGGCAUUUCUGUGAGAUGAAAUUGUUUAAGAUGAACGCCGCUAUGCAGAUUGAGUUUCAUGGUCAAUUCCCUCUGGAAACUGUAGGAGGGAUUUCAAUGCUCCAGCUGUCCUAGCAUGCACAUUCAAAACGAAGAGAAAAUGCCAAUAAAAUACAUCCCCGCACCUCAUCAUGCCAUGUUUUUCUUGCUCUCCACAGGUAUAUUAAAAGAAAUUUGCUGUUCCUCUUGGGUGUGGAACUGAUAAAUGUGAGAUGUGGACUGGAAUGAGAGAGAUUGGUUUUGUUGCGCUAAAGGACAGAAUGUGUAACAGCUACAGCUUUUGGGUAAAGACAGAUACUCAGUUUGUGGCCCUAUAGUUGCUCUCUGUGAACUUCUUGGAACUCAGGAACCCCUGCUGAUGGCCUCUCAAACUACACCUGUCUGCUGACUGCGCUUGCCAGUCAUCCAUGUAAAUAAUUUAACCGUGAAAUUGAGCAUGUCUUGCAGUAUAACAACACCCCAGGAUGACAAGAGGACGUUUUCCUUUCUUUACACAUCUUGCCCUUCCUAACAUCCCCCAAACCUUCAAACCCAUCAUUUGUGACCAGCUAUCAAAGCGAAGGCAGAUCUACUGUACACUAUUAACACUUGGUACGCUCUGCUACGAAUUACGAUGGACUUUUUUUUUUUAGGUCUUGUAUUAGAGGUAUUUUUUUGUUGAUCAUUAAAAUGUGUUUCAUGUUCUGAGUGACAUUUAAUAAACAUCCACAGUUUCUAACAUA